AAAAAAAAUAAAAACCUUAAGUGCUUAACUGUUGAAAAUUAUUUCGACGAAAGAAAACAAAAAAUAUAAAAAACUAGAGAGAUCCAUUUCCAUUACCGCAAGUUAGUUGCUCGCAAUUUUCGUUCUCUUCACGUUCGGUUCAUGAAUUCACUCUGAGGGGGUAAUCUUGAUCAGGCGCUGCAAUUAUUGCUAUUACCGUCACAUGAGAUAUGGUUUAUCACUCUAGUUUUGUGAAUGAAGAUGAAGUCGAUAGCGCUUGUGGUUGCCCUCUACUUCCUCUCAAGAGCCACAUCAAGGGACCUGCUCCUGUUUCAGAUCAAGAUAGAACUGAUAUAGUGGAUGAAGCCAUAACCUUCUUCAGAGCGAAUGUAUUCUUCAGGAACUUUGAUAUCAAGAGCCCUGCUGAUAAGCUUCUCAUAUAUUUGACAUUCUACAUCAAUGUUGCUCUCAAGAGGCUUGAAGGUUGCAGAACUUUAGCUGAAGGGACAAAAGCUAUCAUCAAUUUGGGACUUGAGAAGGUUCCGGUCCCUGGAGAGUCUGGAUUUCCUUUUCCGGGCCUUCUUCCACUUCCUCAAUCACAUGAGGAAGCAGAAUUGUUCAGGAAUUAUUUGAAGCAGAUAAGGGAAGAAACAAGUGGGAGGUUAUUGAGCGUUGCGUACAGGCCUAAUGGCACACCAAAUAAAUGGUGGUUGGCAUUUGCAAAGAGGAAAUUUAUGAAUACAAUUAUUCCUUGAAUGGUUGUGACACAAUGGCAGUGCAGGAAUCAUAGAUUCAGCCUUGAAAUUAACACUUAUAAACACUUUUGAUCAAUUAUAUAUAAUGAAUCUUUUGGGGUAAUGUUGUAUGUUUCGAUUUUGAAUAUAUAUGCAUAGUGAUACCUAGUUAUAGCAUCAUUUCCUUGUCACAUCUACUUUGCAAAAUUGCAUCCCCACUAUAAAGUCACUGAUUGAUAAUCAUAAUCAGGCUAUGGUCCCAACUUUGCUUGUGCUUGUGGUUGUCGUAAUGCUUUACUUUUGUGAUGUCUUUUUGUCCAUUAAGUAAUACAAAACUGUAUCAGUUACACUUAACUGGCUUAAGUUUUAAUUAUUUCA